AUGUCGGCUGUAGUCUGUUUUGCGACGUUAAAAUUAAAUAUCUUUAUAAUUUUGAUCAACAUUUUCUUAAUAAAUCCCUUUGAGACGACAUCUCAUUUCCCGGAGACUUCGAUAAUUCAACAAAUGUCCAAUGAAAGCAAUUCGUCAUCCUCAGCAAUUAGUGAUCAGGAUUCGGCCGAAGACAGCUUUGCCGUAACCUGGACAAACCGGAUAAGGCAGAAAGAAAUUCAAAGACACCAAAUAAACCAGAAUAUAAUGCGUCAUCUAAAGUUGUCUGCAAAACCCAACAUCACCGCCCCAAUCAAGCUGUCUGAUGCCGACAUGGUUGCACUCAACAAGAAACCUGUGCAUUGUCCCAGAAAGCAAAAGCAGAUGAAAUCAGCCGAUGUCUUCUGCUACAUCCUACUGUCUGCCUGUCAUCUGGGGAACACUAAUAACAACAAUAACAACCAUAAAAAUGAUUUAAACUUCGAGUUCAUACUGCCUCAGUUCCUAAACGAGGAUAAAGACUAUUUGACCAACAUCCAACAUGCUAAAUUAUUUCUCAAGAAAUAUCUGGUAGAGAUUGAGAACAAGCUGAAAAGAGGAUUUAGCAAUCAGUGGCACAUGAUGAACAUUAAGAAGUUGAUGCAGUCUUGGAAGAGGGAUAAAGUCCACAUCCUGAAAAUUGGUAAUGGUCAGAAGGGUUCAUUCCCAGAAACAUCCCAGGCAGCAGCAGCGGCAGCUGCUGAGAGUAGGAAAUGCAACCACACCUACUUCUAA